CCUCGAACCGGCUGCCUUGACGUUUCAGCGUUCGUGCUUGGUUCGUGCUCCUCCAUAUACAAUGCAUGACAUCUGUCAUUUGGAUACUGACUGGUUUGUCAAUGCACUCGCCACCUUUCUCAUUGUUGGCCUUUUGGUAUCAUAUGCCCCGCAGCAUUUGCGAAUAAUUCAGAUGGGCUCGUCUGAGGGGUUUAGCCCGUGGUUCUUGUUGCUUGGUAGCACGUCUUCUGCCGCUGGAAUGCUUAACAUGAUUGCACUAUCCUGGCCUACUAUAAAGUGUUGCAAUGAGCUGAGCGUGGGGAGAUGCCUAGAAAUUACUGCUGGAGUAACACAAGUGACCUUGCAGUGGGCUUUAUUCAUGAUUAUCCUCGUUUUGUACAUGAUUUACUAUCCUGCCCGGUUGAAACACGUUGAUAUCAACAUCCCUGCGCACGACACUCUUCCUCCUCAGCAUGUCAAGACAAAGCUUUGGAGUGACGAGUGGCGUCUUUCUGUGAACCUCUCAUGGGUUAUCGCCAUCCAUCUUGCCUUUAUCACCUUUGUCACAUUCUUCCUCCUGUUCACGCGGGUCCCAGAGCCUAGCGGAGAGGUUCCGCGUCAAAUAUCCAUGUGGGCGACCUUCCUGGGCGUCAGUUCUGCAUUGCUCGCAGCAAUUCAAUAUGCGCCACAACUGUUGCGGACUUAUCGUUUGAAGCUCGUCGGUGCGCUCAGUAUCCCCAUGAUGAUACUGCAGAGUCCUGGGGCAGCUAUAAUGUCCAUAUCCAUCGCGCUCCGCCCUGGCACAAACUGGACAAGUUGGGCGAUGUACGCUGUAUCCGGUAUCAUGCAAGCCGCCUUACUGGCUAUGUGCAUCGUUUGGAAGUUCCGCCAGCGUAGGCUCAAGAUUGAUGACUUUGGUUGCUCACUGGAUAGUGGCUCGUCCACUCCAUUGACGGACGACAUUGACACUGUUGUUGGCGAAGUUUCAGAUCCCCAAGUUGGCGACGGUUCUUUCGACAGCGAUGCGGAGGACGCACGUGAAGACGCGCCACUUCUUGCAAAACCAGGGCAUUCGGGGAGGAAGUCCAGGUUCUUCGGCUGGCUGAGCAUAUAAGUAGAUAUCUGGUUUCGAGGCUUUCUUUUCUUUCUCGUCAAUACUUAGAACAUGGGCUUUGGACAGCUACAGUAGACUUAUUGGACUUAUAUGCACAUACUCCCAUUAAUGACAUGCAGUUUCACUUUAGUCUAAAAUAGGCAACUCUGCUUUCGCGCAG